UUCAACGCCAUUGAAGAAUGCUUCAAGAACUUUUCAUUUUGUUCUUCUUGUUCUUGUUUUGCUUAGGGAAUUCUUCUGUAAAUGCUUUGCUUACUGCAAAAGGUGUCAACUAUGAAGUGCAAGCCCUGAUGGCCAUCAAAGCUGCUCUGAAAGACCCUCAUUCUGUUCUUAAUUGGGAUGAAAAUGCUGUGGAUCCAUGUAGCUGGACCAUGAUCACCUGUUCUCCACAGAAACUCGUCAUUACCUUAGGAGCUCCUAGUCAGAACUUGUCGGGUACCCUGUCGCCGAGCGUCGGAAAUUUGACAAAUCUUCAGUCGGUGCUUCUACAGUACAACAAUAUAUCAGGAACAAUCCCAAUGGAGCUUGGGAACAUACCUGGCCUUGCCACUCUUGAUCUUUCAAGCAAUGCCUUCCAUGGACAAAUUCCCACUUCUUUCUCCCAUCUUAAGAGUCUUCAAUAUCUGAGGCUAAAUAAUAACAGUCUUUCUGGGGCUAUUCCUUCAUCUUUGGCCAACAUGACUCAGCUGGCAUUGCUGGAUCUGUCUUGUAAUAAUCUGAGUGGCCCAUUGCCCAGAUUGCUACCUAAAACCUACAACCUUGCUGGGAAUUCGCUCAUUUGCUCGCUUGGGUCCGAGCAUAGCUGCAAUGGCACUGCUCCACCUCUCUUAUUUCCAAUAAGUUGUUUUGUGUUUCACAAUGUCCAAGCAGCACCUUCUGGGAGAUCCAAGAGCCACAGAUUAGCCUUAGCUUUUGGCUCAAGCCUUGGAUGCGUUGUUCUGCUGACUGUUGGGUUAGGCUGCUUUAUUUGGUGGAGGCAACGACACAACCAGCAGAUUUUCUUUGAUGUUAAUGAUCAACGAUUUGAAGAAGUUUGCCUUGGGAACCUAAGGAUUUUCCAGUUCAGAGAGCUUCAAGCUGCCACAAAUAACUUCAGCAGUAAAAACUUGGUGGGAAAGGGUGGGUUUGGGUAUGUGUACAAAGGGUACCUUCAAGAUGGUACAGUUGUAGCUGUGAAGAGGCUAAAAGAUGGAAAUGCUAUCAGAGGAGAAAUCCAAUUCCAGACUGAAGUUGAGAUGAUCAGCCUAGCUGUGCACCGGAACCUCCUCCGUCUUUACGGGUUCUGUACGACAACCUCAGAGAGACUGUUGGUUUACCCCUAUAUGUCCAACGGCAGUGUCGCAUCCCGUCUCAAAGCAAAGCCAGCUCUGGAUUGGAGCGCGAGGAAAAGAAUAGCAUUGGGUGCAGCAAGAGGGUUGCUGUAUCUGCAUGAGCAGUGUGACCCUAAGAUCAUACAUAGGGAUGUUAAGGCUGCAAAUAUAUUGCUUGAUGAUUACUGCGAGGCUGUGGUGGGAGAUUUCGGACUGGCAAAGCUGUUGGAUCACAGAGAUUCACAUGUGACAACUGCUGUACGCGGAACUGUUGGCCAUAUAGCUCCUGAGUAUCUCUCCACUGGCCAAUCUUCUGAGAAGACUGAUGUCUUUGGAUUUGGAAUCCUUCUUCUUGAGCUGAUCACUGGACAGAGAGCUCUUGAAUUUGGAAAAGCUGCUAAUCAGAAAGGAGCCAUGCUUGAUUGGGUAAAGAAAAUUAACCAAGAAAAGAAGCUUGAAAUACUAGUUGACAAGGAUCUAAGGAAAACUUACGACUGGAUCGAGCUUGAAGAAAUGGUUCAAGUAGCUCUCUUAUGUACGCAGUACCUUACAACCACCAGACCUAAGAUGUCUGAAGUGGUCAGAAUGCUUGAAGGGGAUGGACUUGCAGAGAAAUGGGAAGCUUCUCAGAGGGCAGAUGCAAACAGGUACAGAGUCAACGAAUUCUCCUCUUCCGGGCAAUAUUCUGAUCUUACAGAUGAUUCUUCCUUGCUUGCACAAGCCAUGGAGCUUUCUGGACCAAGAUGAUGGUUAUACAGUUCUUAUUUCUUUGAUACAAAGAAUCCCAGCAUGUAUUUUCCUGUAUAUUAUCAAAGUGAAUCUGUCAUAUGUCAGCCUCAUGUUGAGGCUUCUGUGUUGGUGGAGGUACUCGUAAUUGUACAGUCCGAGUUCUCGAGCUCGUAAUAGUAAUACUGGAUUGAGUUUUGCUCCUGCAUUUUCUGGUAAUUCAA